AUGCCAACAGUUGAAAAGAAAAAGAAAUUACGAACAAAGCGCAAAGUAGUUCAAACUGGCGUUAUUCCAAGGAACGUCAGAGCAAAGAAAGGAGGCGCUACUAUGCUUGAAGCUCAAAACGGCAAAAGUGAGAAGCACAUUGAAACUUCAAAGGGUCCUGAAGCUGAAAAAGUUCAAAACAUUGAAGUUCCUGAGGUUCCAGAAGUUCAAACACAAAGUAUUCCUAAAGUUCAGGUUCAGAAGAAAGUAGGUGCUGAUGAUGAUGUUGUUAUUACUAAUGUGAGGGUUUCUACACCACCACCACCACUACCAGAAAAUCCUGAUGUUGCAGAGUCUUCAAAGCCAAAGAAAACUGUUCUUCCAGAUCUAUUUGAAGGUUUUCCUAACAUUCAAGGUGAAUUUAAAGAUGAUAUUCUUUCUGAUGAAGAGUUUGAUAUGUUUCAUGAUGCAUCUGUCAAAGAUCUAAAGAAGAAAGUUAGUAUUCUUGAGAAGGAAAAAGCCAAGGCAGAGGCUGAUCGUGAUGAGUUGAAGAAACAACUUGAAGAGUUGACGAAAGUGAAUGAAGAAAUAAAGUCUGUCAUACUCAAACAUGCAAAGAAGAUAAAGAAUAUGGAAGGAGAUGUGGAUGAUAAUGCAAAGUUAUUUGAGCAAUUAUCAUUAGAGAUUACUGAUCUGCAUUUUAAGAACAAGAGCUUGAAUGAAACAAAUCAGAUGUUGCAUCAAAUGUUAAGUGAUCUUCAUGAAGUGUCUUCAAAUGAAAUAAAAGUGAUGAAGCUGGAAGUUGAAGCUCUUAGGGCUGACAAAGCAGUGAAGGAGGAACAACUUAACAUGUUAUAUAAUGUGAUGGAAGAUCACUUGGGCAUGAAUGUUCAAUCUAUUUACAACAACUUGGAGAUCAAAAGAGUUGAAGAGCGAAGGGCUCAGAGAGAGAAAGAGUUGGCUGAGGCUGCAACUCAAAGAAAGAAAGAAAUAAUCAUAGAAACUCAAGAAGCUGGAGGUUCGUCAAGUCAACCUGAUGUUGAAAUGGUAGAUGCUAAAGUUGAUCAAGCUCAAAGCAUCGUACUUGUUGGUGAAGUUACCUCUCUAUCUUACAACUUUGAUGAUAUUAUUCGUUUAGUGAGAGUUGAACAACGAAAAAGGAAGUUGAAAGAGCCAGAAGUAAUGUUAUUACGUUGGAAAGAAGAGACAGAGGAAGAAAGAGAACAAAGAUUGAAAGAAGAAGAGUUGAAAGAAGCUCUUGAUGCUGUAGAUAACUACGACCCUUCAUGGGAUGAUUAUAAAGAAGAUGAUGAUGAUCAAGAGUCAACAGGGCUUUUGAUUGUAAAUCCCUCUGAUUAA